GAGACAAUAAGAUGGAGAAAAAGAGGCCGUAACUCUUUUGCCCUAUUCACAUUUUUUAUUUUCUUCCCAUUAGCCAUUCUGUUCCCUGCCUCUACUCCUCCUCCCUCUUGACACAUCACAUCAUCAUCACAUCAUAAUCACCAUCAAUCAUCAUCAUAUACAUACGCAUAUAUCUGUCUUCUUUGGAUCGAGUUAAAUCAGUUAUGGCUUCCUCGAAUAGACACUGGCCAAGCAUGUUCAAAUCCAAACCUCAUCACCAUCAAUGGCAACACGACAUCAACUCUCCUCCCUUGCCUUCUUCUGCUUCCCACCGAUCUUCUCCCUUCUCAGGGUGUGAGGUGGAGAGGAGUCCAGAGCCAAAACCAAGAUGGAAUCCGAAGCCAGAGCAGAUUCGUGUACUUGAAGCAAUCUUCAACUCAGGGAUGGUGAAUCCACCAAGAGAGGAGAUUCGAAGGAUUAGGGCUCAGCUUCAAGAAUACGGCCAAGUUGGUGACGCCAACGUCUUCUAUUGGUUCCAAAACCGCAAGUCUCGUAGCAAACACAAAAUACGCCUCCUCCAUAAACACUCCCUCUCUCAACCCCAACCUCAACCGCAGCAGCCUUCAUCUCCCUCAUCAUCUUCCUCCAAGUCUACCAAACCACACAAAAACAAGGACAAGAACAACAACACUAAUCUCUCUUUGGGUGGUGGUCAAAUGAUGGGGAUGUUUCCAUCGGAAGAUGCGUUUCUUUUCCCGGUUUCCACCGUCGGAGCGUUUGGAGGUAUCACCGCCUCAUCCCAAUUAGGAUUUCUCUCCGGUGAUAUGAUUGAGCAACAUAAACCGGCUCAUCCAACGGUGGAACCAUGUACCGGAUAUCUCUUGAGCGAGAUCAUGAACGGUAAUGCUAGUUAUGGAACUCAUCAUCAACAGCACUUGAGUGAUAAAGAAGAUGAAGAAAUGAGUAUGAAGAUGUUGCAGCAGCCACAACAUUACGCUGCUACAAGUCAUCAAAUCACUUCUUACAACAACAACAUCAUUCUUCAUGUUCCUCCAACUACUUCAACUACUACUACUAUUACAACCUCAGAUCCUCUUGAUAUUGUAUUAUCAACUUCGGACCAGCUUCAAGUUCAAGUGUGCGCGAGAAUAAGGGUGUUUAUCAACGAAAUGGAGUUUGAAGUGAGCCCUGAACCGUUCAAUGUGAGAGAUGCAUUCGGAGAAGAGGUUGUUCUCAUCAAUUCUGCGGGUCAGCCCAUUGUCACUGAUGAAUAUGGCGUCGCACUUCAGCCUCUUCAACAUGGAGCCUCCUACUAUCUGAUCUAGCCGUGUGGGAGAUAACGGUUUGAAGAUGAAUUUAAGACGUGUCUCUUUCUUUCACUAUCUCUCGUACGGACGCUUAAAUGUUAACAUUUGCAAAAAUAUUGGUUUCACUUACCUGUUGUGAUGGUGUGAUGUAUGAGU